CUUGGGGCACCUGUUGGAAAAGCGGGACAGUUUACCUGUCGAAACAUGAUCAUUAGAAAAACUACUUACAUGAUGUUUGCAUAAUAAUUAUUUACAGAGUGAUGAAGAACAUGUAUUCAUGACCGGAGCUACGCAGGAGUAGUGAGGAAAACACCAUGGAUCCGCAGCACAAGAAUAUUCUGAUCACGCAGCGGGCAAAUCUGGUGGAGAAUCUCAACAUCCGGGAUGGCCUGUACACACAGCUCAUCACACGCGGCGUCCUCAAUACCAGGAUGGUGCGAACUAUUCAGCAUAAUCAUUCCCCAGACCAGCAGGCCGAGGAACUUCUGACGAUCAUUCCGACACGAGGACCCGACGCCUUCUCGAAAUUCUGCGAUGCGCUAAUCGCCGACGACCAGCAACACGUGGUCGACCUUUACCUCAAAAUACAGUCAAAAACCAGCGGGGACAAAAAAAAAUCGGAGCAAUGCUCGGACAAAGACGGUGACGGCACCGGGGUCAAGAAACGACCCCGGUCGCCGUCACCAACCAUUAUCUGUUUUAAAGACGGUACUAGUAAUGAAGUGGUGCUGAAGUAUUUGUCACAAGGUCUUCCAGCGAAGAAGAGCCACAGUUUCAGCAGCUGUGAGAGUUCUUUCAGUGAGUUCCCGGGAGAAGUCCGGCUGAACAUGAAGCAUUAUGUCUCAUCCCCAGUGAGUGGCUUUGUGGACCCGUUUAUUCCGGUGGCUCUGAAAAAACAUUCCGAAUCUCCGUCCACGACGCACGUGGGUUUUCUUCCACAGGCGUACACCGAGAGGGUCUCCUUUACAAGAUGUGAUACUAUAGAUACAAUGCAUAAAAAUACAAACGUUCCAAUGUCUUCCCAUUCCACAGUCUCUCCGUCCAUCGAGCCCGACCCAGUAUUAUUUGACGAGACGGAGGACCUGAAUAUUGAUCUCACUGACGGACCGGUAUGUGUCCAGGUUGCGAUGUCCAGCAGACAGUUCUAUCUCACUAACCACAAAAAGUCGUACCCGAUGAAGAAACUUCCGCGGGGCAAGGCGUUGAUAGUGAAUGUGAAUGAAGUGUUGGGUAAGCCGCCUCGGCACGGGACGGACAUCGACCGCGACAACCUGUGUAAUCUGCUAAAGCAGCUUCACUUCGACACCAUCGUCUACAACGACAGCGACGGAUUGACCGCCGAGGAUCUCCGGUCGAAGCUGAAGAAAUUUUCAGGCCUGCCUGAACACCAGGAAUCUGACGGCUGUGUGAUUUGUCUGCUCAGUCACGGGGAUGAAGGGUUCAUCUUCGGAACAGACGGGAAGAAGAUCCCCAUGGAUGAAAUAUUUGAAAUGUACGACAACAGCAGGUGCAGAGGUCUCUUGGGGAAACCCAAGGUGUUCAUUAUCCAGGCAUGCAGGGGAGGUGCGUUCGAUAAAGGUGUUUCAUUUAUGCAGGAUGCGGGCGAGAUAGACGGACGACCACCGGUCAGACCGGAGACUUCCAGGCAGAUUCCCACCAUGUCUGACACUGUUAUCUGUUACCCCACACAACACGGUUACUACGCGUGGAGGAAUUGUGAGCGCGGCAGCUGGUACAUUGAAGCAAUCGUCCAGGUGUUCAUGAGACAUGCCAAGAACGAAGACAUCUGUACCAUGUUAAAUCGGGUGAAUCGUGUCGUCUCCUCUAAGGUGUCCCGCUGUCCCCAGAUUGAGAUGGACCGCAUGUGUCAGAUGUCUGAAUACAAGAGCACGCUCACUAAACCACACCUCUUUUUCUUCCCUGGAAUCGGCUGUCCUUAGCAACACCUAGAAACAUCUCAAACAAAUACCUACAUGAGCACGCUCACUAAAAACACACCUCUUUUUCUUCCCUGGAAUCAGCUGUGCUUAGCAACACCUAGCAGCAUCUCAAACAAAUACCUACAUGAGCACGCUCACUAAAAACACACCUCUUUUUCUUCCCUGGAAUCAGCUGUGCUUAGCAACACCUAGCAGCAUCUCAAACAAAUACAUACAUGAGCACGCUCACUAAAAACACACCUCUUUUUCUUCCCUGGAAUCGGCCGUGCUUAGCAACACCUAGCAGCAUCUCAAACAAAUACAUACAUGAGCACGCUCACUAAAAACACACCUCUUUUUCUUCCCUGGAAUCAGCUGUGCUUAGCAACACCUAGCAGCAUCUCAAACAAAUACAUACAUGAGCACGCUCACUAAAAACACACCUCUUUUUCUUCCCUGGAAUCGGCCGUGCUUAGCAACACCUAGCAGCAUCUCGAACAAAUACAUACAUGAGCACGCUCACUAAAAACACCUUUUUCUUCCCUGGAAUCGGCUGUGUUUAGCAACACCUAGCAGCAUCUAAAACAAAUACAUACAUGAACACGCUCACUAAACCACAACUCUUUUUUUUUCCCCUGGAAUCGGCUGUGCUUAGCAACACCUAGCAGCAUCUCAAACGAAUACGUACAUGAGCACGCUCACUAAACCACACCUCUUUUUCUUCCCUGGAAUCGGCUGUGCUUAACAACACCUAGCAGCAUCUCAAACAAAUACGUACAUGAGCACGCUCACUAAACCACACCUCUUUUUCUUCCCUGGAAUCGGCUGUGUUUAGCAACACCUAGCAGCAUCUAAAACGAAUACAUACUUGAGCACACUCAUUAAACCACAUCUCUUUUUUUCCUCCUGGAAUCGGCUGUGCUUAGCAACACCUAGCAGCAUCUCAAACGAAUACGUACAUGAGCACGCUCACUAAACCACACCUCUUUUUCUUCCCUGGAAUCGGCUGUGCUACACCUAGCAGCAUCUCAAACGAAUACGUACAUGAGCACGCUCACUAAACACCUCUUUUUCUUCCCUGGAAUCGGCUGUGCUUAGCAACACCUAGCAGCAUCUCAAACGAAUAUGUACAUGAGCACGCUCACUAAACCACACCUCUUUUUCUUCCCUGGAAUAGGCUGUGCUACACCUAGCAGCAUCUCAAACGAAUAUGUACAUGAGCACGCUCACUAAACCACACCUCUUUUUCUUCCCUGGAAUCAGCUGUGCUUAGCAACACCUACAAACAUCUCAAACAAAUACGUACAUUAGCACGCUCACUAAAAACACACCUCUUUUUCUUCCCUGGAAUCAGCUGUGCUUAGCAACACCUAGCAGCAUCUCAAACAAAUACAUACAUGAGCACGCUCACUAAAAACACACCUCUUUUUCUUCCCUGGAAUCGGCCGUGCUUAGCAACACCUAGCAGCAUCUCAAACAAAUACAUACAUGAGCACGCUCACUAAAAACACACCUCUUUUUCUUCCCUGGAAUCAGCUGUGCUUAGCAACAC